GCAUGUGACGUAGUAGUAGCGGCUCCGGGAGAGAUCGGUUGGUCGGUCGGUGGCGGCAGUCGCUCUCGUGUGUAGGUACGGAAGAAGUCCGAGCGGAGCGGAGGGUUUGUGGGCCACGAUUCCAGCUGGCUGAGACCGCGGUUAUUUAGAGAUGUCGGGGGACAACGAAGACACGCAGACAGCGGAGGAGACCUCGGUGGACGAGAAGGAGGUCCAGGACAAGGUGAUCAGCCCGGAGAAAGCAGAGGAGGCUAAACUGAAGGCCAGAUACCCAAACAUAGGAAAUAAACCUGGAGGCUCUGAUCUGCUUCGCAAACGCCUGCAGAAGGGGCAAAAGUACUUUGACUCGGGCGACUACAACAUGGCUAAGGCGAAGAUAAAGAACAAACAGUUGCCGACAGCUGCGCCGGAGAAGACCGAGAUCACGGGAGACCACAUCCCCACCCCCCAGGACCUUCCCCAGAGGAAACCCUCUCUGGUGGCCAGUAAACUGGCAGGCUGAUGCACACACAGCGUUUACGGGCCCAGCAGCAGCACCACCACCACCACCACCACCCCACCCCAGCUCUAAUCCACUCCACUCAAGUCUCAGAGCUGUAACAUUACCUCUCCCACCCCUCAUGCUACCACUCUGCCCCCUCCAUCCAGCCCACACCCCACCUCACCCCACUGGAACCCACACUUAGCCUCCAGUGAACUGGUGAGCUGAUACCUUCAAAUCCUGCUUAUUUUUGUUUCAACUCCAUCUGGCAGUGUCUCUGCUGCCUCCUGUCUCUGUCCCUUGGUAACCCCACUACAACCGACUGCCCUUCUGUCGUCGUCCUCUUACUUUUCCACCUUCCUUCCUUUUUAUUUUCUUUACUUCCAUGUAAGAUACACUGAAAAACAGGACAACCAAGUAUGAGUGUGUUGAGUAGCGUGUGAUGCUUCUGUACAAAAGACGGACAGCGGAUACAACUGUGUACUUGCUGAAGAAAUGAGUGUUGGUUAGAGGGCUUUAGUGUGAUGUUCAGGAUCAUCUUUGGAUGUGUGUGCGUGUAUAUAUAUAUAUAAAUAUAUAAAUAUUUCUUUUCGUUUAGCACCGGGGCAGACGUUGGCUUUUAAGAACGUUUUACAUGAGAUUUGUGAGAUUUUGCUGUAUGCCCUUAUUCUAAAUUAUGCUGUCCAUAAGCUUGAGCGAUUAACUGACUAUAGUAACCAACCAAAAAGCCAAAUUCAGUUCUGAUAACACUUUGAUCGUGGGGCCAGCAUGUCACAUUAAACUGCGUGUGUGAGGCGCGGCUCCCAAAGAUGAACCUCGUUGUGCUUGAUUUUAACUCGGUAAACUGAGCAGACGUUCAAGCAGAUUCUGAAAACCUCAGACACAGCACGGAAGCGCUGGUUGGAAGGACGAUGGUUCGUUCAAGACAUCUCAGACCUGGGAAAUGUUUUCCUUUCAAGACUGAAGGGGUGGAGGGCAUUGCUGCUUCAGAGGUUUUAACUGCUGUGUUGUAAGCUUCCUCUGUGUUCACGGUGUGCCAAUCCAUUUCAGCCGCAGAGGGCGACACAGUCGUUUCCUGGGUCAGAGGUGUCAUGAAGGAACUCGCCGUGCUCAAAGGGCUAGAUGGGCGUUCAGGACCUAAAGUUAAUUUCCUGUCAGUGGGGGACUAGUCUUUGUGUCCUGAAUGCUAUGUGAGUUCAUAACUAUUGUUUAAAGUUUAAAUAUCCCAUUGUCAUGGGAACAAAUAGUGUAAUAAAAUAAAUAUCAUGAAUUGAAGUAGUUUUAUCUUACAAAUUGUCUUUGAUCCUCUUUAGUGCUUCUCCGGGGUCUUGAUCAGAGCAGUUUACUCAUAAUUCGGUAAAUCUAAGCUGGCACUACUGUCAAACUAUCAAUGAAGUUAUUCAGAUUCUGGUCUGUGCAUGUAUAUGGCUGCCCUGCUGUCAUGUUGUGCCAUUUUGUUUUGUAAAUAAAAUAGUUUUGCACAAAUGUUUAA